UGCUCUGAGGCUCCAGUGAAGAUGUCUCUUGGGCAAGCGGUAACCAUCAAUGGCAAGGUCUACUAUGGUGGAGGACUCUGUGAUGACGAGUACUGUGUCCACUGUUACGAUCCGCCACAAGACGUCUGGUCAACUCUGCCCAGACUUCCUGUACACUAUUUUGGUCUAGGGGAGGUCAAAGGUGAACUGGUAGCAGUUGGUGGUCUGGAUUCCUCCUACUCUAGACCCAACGUGGUACAUGUGUUUAACAAAGGAAGGAACUGGAAACAGACGAUCCCACCCAUGCCCACAGCGAGGAAGUGGCCAGCAGUCGUUAGUCUCCCAACACAUCUGGUCGUAGCAGGAGGUGAUGUGGGCCCUCGUAUCUACACGGAUAAUGUUGAAAUCUACAACAUCAGCACCUCCCAGUGGAGCGAGACAGACAGACUACCGUAUGCUUGUGGUUUCCAAAGAGGAAUUGUCUACAACAACACAGUGUAUCUAAUGGGGGGAAUUAACAGCGAUAGUCUAAACAAGGUGUGUGCUGCUCAAGUCGACAAGCUCAUCUCAGCAGACCGACAGGAUGAUGGGAGUGCCAACAAAGCCGACUCUGUCUGGAAUACAAUAUCUAACACACCGUCUUACCAGCCCUCCCCUGUAACGAUAUCCGACACCCUCUUUGCUGCUGGUGGAGUGGAUAGUGGUAAAGCCACUCAAAGGAUCUACGCCUACUCAUCCUCGAUGGACUCCUGGCUCUACAUUGGUGAUCUACCAUCUCCUAUAGCACACGCUGCCACUGUGUCGCUGUCUCCAAUAGAGUGCCUUAUGAAUGGGGGGCUGAACGAUAAAAGAAAAAGACAAUCUACCGUCUAUAAAAUUAGUAUCACAGCAACUAUUUCUUGAUUAGUAUAAUAAUGAUUUUGUAUGGCUCAAAGUGUUGAAAUAAGUGUUUCUUGAGUGAACAUGAAAUAGUGUAAC